GUCGUCGCGUGGGGCUGCUGGCGCUCAACUGGGUCAUCUCCAGGCAGCGGGAUCGGCGCCACCGGCAAAUCCAGCCCAGCAGUAUGUCGAUAGAUUCCGUGGCUAGAAGAAAGGGCUCGCGCCGUCAACAAGACGAUAGUCCCCAAGGCCGCAAAACUUUGGCUAGAAGAAAGGGCUCUCCUGGUCUACAGGAUGAUCAUCUCAGAGGCGGCAAAAGAAUGAGAUAUUCACUGCCAGAGCUGCCAGAGCUUCCAAAGGACAUCUGGAAUGAUAUACUGUUCCGGCUGCCACUGCGAGAUGCUGCCCAAGCUGGCUGUGUGUCUCGCACAUUUCUAAGCUCUUUGAGAUGCCGUCCGAACCUCACCUUCAGUGAAGAAACACUGGGCCUGAAUGGAAAGGCAUGUGGAAGAGAUAAACUAGUACAGAUUUUCAGCAACAGAGUUGACAACAUCAUGACAAAACACUCAGGCACCGGCGUGAAGACAUUCACGCUUCGUUAUUGGGGUUCUUUUAUCCACGCUAGUUACCUCAACAGGUGGCUUGACGUUGCUAUUUCUCCAGGGAUUGAAGAACUUAUAUUUUCAGUGCCUAGAUACAACGGAGUGUAUUACAACUUCCCGUGCUCACUUUUAUUCAAUGGGAGUGGAAACUCAAUUCAACAUCUUAACCUCAGUUGUUGCGCCUUCCACCCCAUGGCGGGACUUGGUUCCUUGACAAGGCUGCAUCUGUCUGAGGUGCAUAUAACGGGAGAUGAGUUAGGGCAGCUUCUUUCCAAUUCUGUUGCCCUGGAAGAGCUGAAACUCGCGAAUUGUCAUAAGAUCAUUUCUCUCAAGUUACCAUGCCUGCUACACCGGCUGAACUGCCUGAUAGUUUUUGAGUGCAGAGGUCUGAAAGUGAUAGAAAAUAAAGCUCCAAAUGUUUCCGUUGUUCAUAUGAAUGGUUCCUUUGAGAAACUUAGAGUUGGAGAUAUGUUGCAAGUAAAGAAACUAGAAAUGAUUGACACCUACGGAACUAGCCUCGUUCAUCAUGCUCGUGCCAAGCUUCCAUUCAUUAUGCCAAAUCUUGAAACGCUCAAUCUAUAUUCGAAUGGCGAGAAGCUCAGUACGCCAAUGUUAGCUGCCAGAUUCCUCUUCCUCAGGAAUUUGCUCAUUUUACUUGGCGAUGGAGAUACUCGGGGCUUUUCCUAUGAUUAUUUUUCUCUAGUUUAUUUUCUUGAUGCCUGUCCUGUCCUGGAGGAUUUCGCCUUGUGUGUGUCACAGACUCGCGUAAGGCAGGAUUUGAUUUCUGCUGAAGACUCGCAUAUGAGACGGAUGCCAGAACAUUGCCACGGAAGCAUCAAGAAUGUGAAAAUAUUGGGCUUCUGCUCUGCAAAGAGCAUGGUUGAACUCACGUGCCAUAUCAUUGAAAAUGCAACUUCACUAGAGUGCCUGACGUUGGACGCCAUAUAUGACAACAGCAGUCGUGGAGAGGCUGAUAGGUCUCAUGAACACAACAAAUUUGAUGAAUGCCGCCCUGUGCCAAGCAGGCGUAUGAUCGCGCACGCCCAUAAAGGCCUCUGGGCUAUUGGAAGAUACGUUGUGCAGAAAGUUCCCACCAGAGUCAAGCUAAAUGUUAAGAAGCUCUGUAGCCGCUGCCAUAAAAUUAAAUGAUGCCACCCAUCAAGUGUCUCCAUUACCAAAAAUAAACCUUAAAAAAGUGUCUCCAUCACAUUUCCUUAAAAGUACAUAAGUACUAUACUAACCGGCAACAAACAUCUUUUUUCUCAGAAUUUUGGGGCCUGGUUAAAAUUAACAUCGUGGUGACACGUGCAAACUUAGGAUGUUUUAUCUUCACA